UGUGUUACGUGCAUCUCGUGAGCAGUGGGCGAGUUCCUGAGAGGAUCCACUUAUCUUCCGUCUACAUACGUGCACAUAACAACCAGGGAAACAACUAUCAGUCAUGGAAGAAGACUCAAAGACAGAACCAGAACCAGAACCGGAACCAGAACCAGAACCAGUGGCGGGGACGUCGGCGGAUUGGACGCUGUCGGAAUGGCCGCCGGCGGAAUGGAAGCAGAUGAAGGCGGACAGCAGUCAAGUGGACGGCACCGAGAUGACGAUCGAGAUGACAGCCCAGGGUUUGAACGAGCUGAUGGACAGCAUGGAGAGCAUGCUGGCGGACGUGGAGCAGCUGAGGAGCCAGUGCAGGGUCCAGGCCCAAGAGCUUCUGGCAGCUGCCAUGGAUCUGAAACAGCAGCAGGAUGAACUGAAGGAGAGCUACCAGGAGAUGGCUGCCGAUAUGAAUGAGAUCAUGGAAGCCCUGGAGGGGGUGUGCAUCAGCAAGAGCACCUUCGAAGCCAGCGAGAAGGACACCGAGAAGCCAAACGAGUAGUUUUCAAGGCCACAAAAUGACUUUGCGGGAAAAGAAUGAGUGUGAGCUUUAAGCGGCAGUGAGAUUUUUCUUUUUUUCCCGUAAUGAUGGUUUGGCUUGCAUUUUUCUGUUUCCCCCAACAAUUAUGGCGCCACAGCACUUCUUUUAAACGCUUCUCUUGAAAUGCAUUCAAAUAAACAAUUUAACAGUGUUAUUUUAACUGACCUUGACUUAAUCAAUCCAUGAAUCUGAAAGCGUGUUUUUUUUUUUUUAAAUUCCGAUAAUGAUGCGGUCUGACUAAACACACUAUUCCAAAAGACAUUUUUUUCUCCCUCCUCCUCUCUUUCUGCACGAGUCUCCAGACUAUAAACACCCCUUUAACACGUAAAUGACAUGUUAAAUCUGCCACAGGCGUGGUAUGAAGCGUUAUGGUUGAACUCGGACACCUGAUUGGCUGCGGUGCGGCGCCAAGAGGGAGGAAGACUAUAGAAAAGCGGCGGGCGUGUGUGUGUGUGUGUGUGUGUGUCACUUCACUUUUAAGAGCACAUCUGGACUGCUGAGCUACUGAAUUCCUACCAUUUGAGCGUUCUCUUCCAGAAGUGUGCUAAAAAUGGACACGCUGAGGGUCUUGGCUCUGGUCCAUCUUCUGGCUGUACCCGCCUUUACACAAUCACAGACGCUCCAGGACCACUGGGGUGAGUUUGGGCCCUUUGGACCCUGCAGCCGCUCUUGCGGCACGGGAGUUGCAAUGAGGACGAGGGAAUGUAUCACAUUGAGGACGGAUGGAGGUCAUAACUGCAAGGGAUCAUCCAAGUCUUUUCAGCUCUGUAACCUGAAUGAGUGCCCGGUGGGAUCCAGAGACUUCCGAGAGGAGCAAUGUUCCCAAUUUGACCGAAUUUUCGUUCAGGGGAAACAUCACACAUGGGUGCCAUAUUACGGAGCCAACCCGUGUGAGCUGAACUGCAUCACCCGAGAACAUAACACCGUUUAUCGUCACCGGCCCAAAGUGGUGGACGGGACCUUGUGCCACGUGGGCCGAAAUGACAUCUGUGUGGACGGCAUGUGCAAGGCAGUGAGCCAAGGGGUUAUUUUGGGUCUGGAAGAUGUCCCACAACCAGAGUACUCGGCUCCCACUGACACCGCUCACCCCGACGGGACCCGAACGUACGAGUAUAGAGCCAACGCUUACGCUGCCUGCUCGACUACUUGCGGUGGCGGGAUGCAGUAUCGCACCGUGGAGUGUUGGCUUCGGGACCAGCUCGACUCCCGCACGGUGGCCGAAAGCUUCUGCAUCGAUCAGGGCCUGCAGAGGCCUCAGUGGCAGCAGGCGUGCAACACCGACUCGUGCGGAGCAAAGUACAGAGUCUCCGCCUUCUCCCAGUGCUCGGUGACUUGCGGGGCGGGCCAGCAGACGCGAGAGGUGACCUGCGAGGGCGCCGAGGGUGAACGUCUGGACGACAGCGCCUGCGCCGCCUUCGCGAGACCUUCCUCGGUCCAAGUGUGCAGGAGACCGGCCUGCCGCGGGCACGUCACAUGGCACGUGGCCUCCUACGGAUUGUGUACUCGCAGCUGUGGCGGCGGCGUGAGGGAAAGGCAGGUGGGCUGUUUCGACGGCAGCCUGACCCCUUACCCGGUGGUCAGGUGCGGGAUUACAAGGAGGCCCGUAACUGUGGAGGAAUGCAACGUACAGCCCUGCCACCAAGCUCAAAGUGUUCCGAGUCUACAGAGUCCAGGGUUGCAUGAAAGCACCACGACGGGAUUUGUACCCUACGUUCCUGCAACUCCAUCAUCGAUCAGGCCAAACACUAACAACAAUCCCAACGUGAGAGUAAACGCUCCCGACUGCGCCCGGUCUUAUUACGGCUGCUGCCCCGAUGGUCGUAGCGCCGCCAGCGGGCCGGGACUUGAGGGUUGCGCCCGACAUGACUGCGUAAACAGCAGAUAUGGAUGCUGUCUGGAUGGGGUCACUGCUGCUAGCGGAUUUGGGAGAGCCGGAUGUUCUGAAUACCAAACUACUGUGCACACAAGCCAUCCAGUCCGUCUUGUUCCACACGGUGCCUGCUCGCUGCCACGUUUUGAGGGCCCCUGUGAUACCUGGAAGAGACGUUUCUAUUACAACGCGAGCACUGGCAGAUGCCAAGAGUUUUGGUUUGGAGGCUGCCAGGGCAACAAUAACAAUUUUGCUUCUCUCGGGGAGUGUCAGACGGCAUGUGAGACCGCAGCCGCAUACUAACAAUUGAAAUGCAAAGGGUGCAUGAUGUGAUAGUGGCUUGCUUCAUCUCUUUUUUUUAUCCUGGUAAAAAAAAGUUUGACUUUGUUGUCUAUAAUGGCUCAUCUGCAAGGAACAAAAUAAAUACUCUUCCAUCUUA